AUGUACGUGGAGAACAAAGAUGGCGGAGUAAUUUCCAGAGAGCUAGAGAUGGAGUUAAAUCAAACAUCGGCUCCGGUUCAUACUAAUGUACAUGGACAUAUUGGAGCUGAACCAAUUACUGACAACUUCAAUGAGCUAAGGUUGCUGAAGGAGUUCCACAGGAUAGCAGCUGUUCAAGGGGAGCCCCAGAAAUCCUCUCCCAAUGGAACAGAAGAGAAUGAUUGCUGUAUUGCUUUGGAUGAUGACUUUGGCCCACUCCUCAUGCAAGAGAGGUCCCACUUUCCUUCAUCUAAAUUCUUCAGUUCUAGAUCUAAGGAUAGCUGCUUUACUGAAAAGACUCCUUUGCUGAAGACUUCCUCAGAAGGAAAUGGGUUACGAUGCAUGACUAUUCCCCAUUCAGAUUUCAUCAUGGAAGAUGAAUCUUGGGAUAGUAGCUCUGCAGAGUGGGAGCAAAGAUGUCUGUUAGGAAAUGAAAUUGUCAGCUUCUCCACAUCUGCUUCCUCAGAGAAGAGUGAAUUUCUGGACAGUUUUCAUGUCAAAUUCAAUCUAUCAAAACUGAGAAGCUGCUUAAGAAGUCUAAAAGUCACUGGCCUUUUUGUCUUUGGAGUUGUGUGUUCUAUUUUAUUUAGCACAUAUCCAGAUCAUGGAAAAUCCUGGCAGAUGUUGGCUGUGUCACCUCUGGAAAGCUACUCUGUGAAUCUUACUGAUGUCGGUGACUCUGCUCUGCUCAAGUUAGAACUGGCGGGGUCCUUGAUUGCUGGUGUGGUCAAUAGGCCUCAAUCAGAAGAAUACAUUGUGGUUGAGGUUACUCUGUCAGAAGAGCUGGGCUUCCGAAGGAGGCGCCCCCAACAGCAGGUCAUCUAUAACUGGACCAUCUUUUUAGAUUCUAGAAGAAAUGAAAGAGCUAUUACUUCCAGAACUUUUGAGAUAAUUACCAGAGAGACCAUUUCGGUAAAUAUUCAAGCCUUCCUCCAGGAAAACCGAGUGAUUCCCCUUUCAAUGACUCAUCAAUAUCUCCAUGCAAAUAUAGAGACCCAAGUAACCAUUGCAUCAAUCAUUUUGGCAGGAGUCUAUGUGCUGAUCAUAUUCGAGAUUGUUCACAGAACUCUGGCGGCAAUGUUGGGCUCCCUUGCUGCAUUAGCAGCAUUAGCUGUUAUUGGUGACAGACCCAGCCUGGUCAGAGUGGUGGAGUGGAUUGAUUAUGAGACUCUGGCAUUAUUAUUUGGAAUGAUGAUCUUAGUGGCCAUAUUUUCAGAAACUGGAUUUUUUGACUACUGUGCAGUAAAGGCAUACUGGCUGUCUCGAGGCAGAGUGUGGGCCAUGAUUAUUAUUCUGUGUCUGUUUGCUGCAUUCCUUUCAGCAUUUUUAGAUAAUGUUACCACGAUGUUGCUCUUUACCCCUGUUACUAUAAGAUUAUGUGAAGUGCUCAAUCUUGAUCCCAGGCAUGUCCUGAUAGCAGAAGUGAUUUUUACAAAUAUUGGAGGCGCUGCCACAGCUGUUGGGGAUCCACCAAACGUGAUUAUUGUUUCCAAUCAAGAGCUGAGAAAGACGGGAAUGGAUUUUGCUGGAUUCACAGCACACAUGUUCAUUGGAAUUUGUCUUGUUCUCUUGGUUUCCUUUCCUUUCCUGAGACUCCUUUACUGGAACAAAAAGCUUUACAAUAAAGAACCAAGUGAGAUUGUGGGCAGUGGUCGGUAUAUUGACUCCUGA